CGCAGGGAGGAUACGAGAUCUCAGUCGCGCUUAGCCCUUGAUUCAGAGCUGGUCAUGUCACCUCCCUGGCCACCUGGUGUCUUGAGUAUUGACGUUGGGUUCUGGUGACGGCGAUGCAGUCGCAUGUACCGUGCACCAGUAUCACUGCUGGCGCGUCAUGCCAGCUUCGACGAUUACUCGGGCAUCGACUUUGAAGGAAGUCCUAGGUGCCACAUCUUCCGGUGGCUCCACGGCAAUCGGCAGUACCCAGCGCUCCAGGAGCGUCGAGAAAGAGCAAGGUAUUGGCAAAGUACCCUCCUCACUCCUGUCAUACGCCGUUGAUGGCGUCUCGUCUCUUGUUCCCAGUCGUGGGGUGGUAUGGGUAUGGAUCAUCAAGUGCGGGGUACGACAGCCUCUGGGGUUGGACAGCCUCGCGUCACGGCGACCUCGCAGGAGCUUGUCAUGCGACCUGUCGUUUACUGACGUGCGGAUGUCGAUGUAAUCUUGUCAUGUUUGCUUUGAUGGAGUUUGCAGGGCGCUCCGCUCCUGUUUGUGGUGCUGGGUGGUUUGCUGCAGGCGACCGCCGCUCCGAGCUGACAAGCAACAAACAUCGUCGCUGCUCUAAUCAGACAUGUCGGACACCCGGGAGGCGGCAUUACUGGCUCGCACCCAGUCGUAGAACGUCUGGGGACGGUUGUCGAGCUGCAUGCGUGUGUUGGCAUCGAUCUGAGGUCCUGGAAGCGCGGGGCCGUCAUCUGCUGCUUGCGAAGUUUCAUCAUCGUCAUGACGGCGGCGAGCAUCGCGCCUGCUGUAACGACUCAGUAAGAGUGCAGCUAUCAAUAGUAGCAAGAGGAAGAAGACGCCGUUCCGGAUUGUUGAUGCAGCACGCAGAUGGUGGUCGAGCUUACGGUCAAGCUUCCAGUCAUGCGGUUGAUUGCGCGCGAGCCAGGUCGCCCUGCCCGCGCCCGCUCCUGCAAAAUCAGACCGAGCCAGGCUCACGAGACCGAAUAUCCUACCUCUGUUGGCCAUCUUCUCGGGUAGUGGUGAUGUGGUGGUGUUGUGGUGUUGUGGUGGUAUGGCGGAGAUGCGGAGCGAAAAGCUAUGCUACCACGAUCUUGACCAUCACCAACAUGAAGACAAAAGCGCGUGGGACUCGAAGCUGCACGUAUAUUGGUUGACUGCGAAACGUUCACUCAGAAGAACACCCACGGCGCAUUCAUAAUUCAUCACGAACGAUGUACCGGUGUUACAUGCGGCAGAGCUGCGGGCAAACUGC